GAAAGGUGGGAGGGGAAUGGAGCAAACCCCUUGUAUUCUAAUCCGAUGCAACCCAACGUACACUAAUCCGAUGAAACCCAACUCACACUUUGUACAUGUGCUGCCAUCUGGCGGACGGCGCGUACCCUGAAACCCAAUUCACACUUUGUACAUGUGCUGCCAUCUGGCGGACGGCACCCGCCAUGUAACCCAACACACACACUAUGAUUGCGCGAGUAUUUCGCCCGACGGACGGCGCUGCGUGAUUCGAUCGCAUCGCAGUUAUGAUAAACGAUGAAAAUGAUGUUUUACAGACAGUUUAGUGACGUGUUAUAAUGGAUCGGUGUCGUUGUUGUUGUUGUUGUUGUUCGCGCCGAGGUGAGGACGUAGAAAAAAUAAAAAACAUCGAUGAAAGUUUACUUAAAAACAGAUCGCAGAUUUAUGAACUGUUCGUAAGAUUUAAAGGGGUAGAUUUUAGAUUAGGCCGACAAGUCGAAGAUUUAAGAGACUAUAUAAAACAUUUGCAUGAAGUAUUAAAAAUUAUCGAUAAACGUGUAAAUUUUUUAGAAAUUGUUGUAAAAGACAAGACGAACGUUAAUGAUUACGAAAUAAUUGAUAGUGAAAAUUAGAAAAAAAGUCGAUCGGUCAGGUGCGAUUCGUUACAAAAACAGUAUAAGAUCAUUCGGUCAUUUGUUGUUGUGUUGAACGGACAUGAUUUUAUGUUUUAUUCUCGACAAUAUGACUAUAGCGAAUAGUGUUGGUCAAGUCGAAUUUCAACGUAAAAAUGAUUUGUUAAAUUGUUUGGUUUACAGUCUGAAUGAAAAACAAAAAUUUUUCAUAACGAUCGGUAUUGAACCGAGAGAACCGUUCAACACCGAGGUGCGUAUUAUUUCUCCGUUAAAAAAUGUUUCGAUUUCGAUAGAUUUUUUAAAGCGUAUUUUCGGUUCGAUGGGCAAUAUUUUAUCUUCGGUAUUGACCGCGCCGAUUAAAAAAGAAAAUAUUUUACUACUCGAGGAUGUUGAAACAGCGGUAUGGAAAAGGGCGCAUCGCAAGACAAACGUCAUUUUAAUAAAAUCGAAAAUAUAUCCAAAGUGUCAGGUCGUUUUCAAAUAUGAGCACUUAAUCACCUUAUUAGAUUUGGAGUAUGUAAUUUUCGAUGCAAUCAAUCGUCAAAACACCGUCAAUAGACCGAUCAUUAAAAAGCAAUUUGAAGAGAUUAUCGAUUAUUGUUUCAAUAUUUUCACACACGAGCGUAUAACAAACGAUUACAACGCAAUUACAUUAUUUGUAAAAAAUAUCGAUUUCACCGAGGUUGGAAAACAUAUAAUGAAAAAACAUGAUCAUAGUUAUGCACAUGAAAUAAAAACAUUCAUGUCUACCAGCAUUGUGGAUCGAUUGGCGGAUAAAAAAACGUGGUAUAACACACCUCAGAAAAAGAACGAACAUGUGCGAGAAUUCGGUUGGAUGUCUUUGGUUAAGUCCAUUAACGAGGAACCUUGUACACAAUUACCAUCAAAUUAUUAUUGACAAUAGAGAAAUUAAAUA